AUGUCUCACAGUGAAAGAAUGUCCCGUUCGUUGUUCGUUUCUAGACUUUCUCGCCGAACAACUGUUGAAGACCUUGAACCAAUCUUCAAAGAAUUUGGCCGACUCAAAGACGAAAUCGCGGUUUUUUCUUCCCUUUUAACAAGAUACUACGAUGAACGCGACUGCGAAGAAGCAUACAGACGUGCAGCUACUGUCUUUCUACAUGGUCGAGAAUUAACCGUAGAAUUUGCUCGUGGAUCUCGAAAGACUCCAAGGGAGAUGAGAGGCAAAGACAGUAAUAGGUAUUCUCCACCAAGGCGAAAUCGAUACACUCCGGAAAAUUCUUAUAGACCGAGUCGUAGCCCUAGUCGACAUCGCAGCAGAUCUAGGUCGGAUUAUAGGAGAUAUGAUAGAUAUGAUAAUGAAGAGGAUAGAAAACGUUCUAGCCGAUACCGUUCUCGCUCAAGGUCAUUGUCUCGUACGCCACCAGAUCGCCGCAAAAGGUCAGGACAAGUAAAUGGUCAUCCUAAAUCUCGAUCCAGAUCUCCUCAUGGUGUUCAAGCACCUGUAGAGGAAAAAGAGACAGCUAC